CGCCGCCACGUGACCCGCGGCUGGGAUAAAUGGACGGCGCGGCCCUUCUCGGCACAGUCGCUCUCGCACGUCCUCUUGCGCGUCCGGGAGACGUCGGAGCCAGCCCCAGAGACACCGAGCGCCGGCCGGAUGGAGCGCCCGCAGCCCGACAGCAUGCCCCAGGAUUUGUCAGAGGCCCUGAAGGAAGCCACCAAGGAAGUGCACGUCCAGGCAGAGAAUGCCGAGUUCAUGAAGAACUUCCAGAAGGGCCUGGUGACCCGAAAAGGUUUUAAGCUGGUGAUGGCCUCUCUGUACCAUGUCUACGUGGCCCUGGAGGAGGAGAUCGAGCGCAACAAGGACAACCCGGUCUUCGCCCCACUUUACUUCCCAGAAGAGCUGCACCGCAAGGCCGCCCUGGAGCGGGACAUGGCCUUUUGGUACGGAACCCACUGGCAAGAGGCCAUCCCCUACACGCAGGCCACCCGGCGCUACGUGCGGCGACUCCAGGAGGUAGGACGCAAGGAGCCAGAGCUGCUGGUGGCCCACGCCUACACCCGCUACCUCGGCGACCUGUCAGGGGGCCAGGUCCUCAAGAAGAUCGCUCAGAAGGCCCUGGACCUGCCCAGCUCCGGCGAGGGCGUGGACUUCUUCACUUUCCCCAACAUCGCCAGCGCCACUAAGUUCAAGCAGCUCUACCGCUCCCGCAUGAACUCUCUGGAGAUGACCCCCGAGGUCAGGCAGAGAGUCCUCGAGGAGGCCAAGACCGCGUUCCUCCUCAACAUCCAGCUGUUUGAGGAGCUACAGGAGCUGCUGAGCCGGGGCGCCGACGACCAGAGCCCCUCGCAGGCCCCGGGGCUGCGCCGGCGGGCGGGCAGCGGGGCACAAGACUCGACUCCCACAGAGCCUCCCAGAGGGAAGCUCCAGCUCAGCGUUCUCUCCCAGGCACCGCUCUUCCGAUGGGUCCUUACGCUCAGCUUUCUGGUGGCGACGGUGGCUAUGGGGCUUUAUGUCAUGUGAAUGCAAGGGCACUGGCCCUGUACACUGUGAACUCUGUCCAAUGGAGGACAUUCUAUAGAGGAACUGUCUCUUGGCUGGCUUCCUUACCUUAGGCAUGAGGGAUUGUCGGUGCCUUCUUCCCUGUCCCUGCAUCCCUUUCUUUGGGAAGGGAGUCUGUGGCAUCUUCCCCAACCCAAAGCACAUCCAGCUCACAGACAUGAACUUCCAAAGUGGGAUGAGGGAUCCUGCCUGGGCCCUCAGCACCCCAGUUCCUGCAGCAGAGCCCCGAAGACACGGCCAGAAGUGGCAGCUGUCUCGAACCGCCAAGGGUCCCGAGUUCACGGUCUCCUUGACAUGCCAUGACCUCUUUCUCUGCGGGCCGUGGCGAGUUUUAUAUAAAUGUGCAAAGAUGUUGUGUCUUGUGUCUGUCUUGUUUUUGUUGGAUCCACUCCUUGUUCUUGGCUGCACCUGAGCUGUGGUGUUUUGUUAUGUUCUGUUUUUAUAGCAGAGUCGGGGUGGGUUUGGGGGUGGGGUGGGGGGGGGGAGGGAGGUGUUUAACAACACUGUGGCCUUGGCCUCUAACUUUUGUGUGAAAUAAUAAACUCCAGUGCCUGAUAGUAA